GGGUAGCACCGCCGCCGCCGCCGCCGCCGCCGAGGAGGAGCCGGCCCGCCUGCCCCCCGCGCAGGGCCGCGGGGCCGGGACGCUGCCGCCGCGCAGCCCGCCCGGACCCGCAUGGCGUGCUACCUGGUCAUCAGCUCCCGGCACCUCAGCAACGGGCACUACCGCGGCAUUAAGGGCGUCUUCAGGGGACCGCUCUGCAAGAAGGGCGCUCACUCGCCGGACUAUGCUGAGAAGGAGAAAGCCGUAGCAAAGGCUCUGGAGGAUGUGAAGGCUAACUUCUACUGUGAACUCUGCGACAAGCAGUACCACAAGCACCAGGAAUUUGACAACCACAUCAAUUCUUAUGACCACGCUCACAAGCAGAGAUUGAAAGAUUUAAAACAAAGGGAAUUUGCUCGAAAUGUGGCUUCGAAGUCAUGGAAAGAUGAGAAGAAACAGGAAAAAGCACUCAAGCGGCUCCACCAGCUUGCAGAGCUACGGAAGCAGUCAGAAUGCAUCACAGGAAGUGGACCAAUGCUUAAAGCCCCCAGAUUAGUUGUGGAAAAGCAUCAAUCGCCAGAUGAAAUUUUCCUGUACAAGGGUGGCAAAUUAACGACCGGUUCUCAAACCACAGCUGCGGGUGAAGGACAAGGUUUCCCCAGAGGCAUAGUAGAGAAAGAGCAGCUUAUCAUUAGCAGGCACCGGUCACCCACUAAGAGACUCCAAGUGCUUGGAAAUCAAGUCUCACGAGUGUACCCAGAUAGCGUCAGUGCUUCUCAAAGGACUGGAGUAUCUUUCUCAUUUUCUAAAAAAGUCCCUUUGAAGCUCGAGUCCUCAGCCUCAGUCUUCAGUGAGAAUUUUGAAGAAGGAAAUGAUUGUAGCAAAUCCUCCAACCAGAAAACAAAGCAAAUUCCUGAGGGCUGCCGUCCUGGCACACUUUUGGAGGAGGAUGUAAAAGCAAGCCUGGAUAAAGGGCCACCUAUUCCACAAGACCAAAUGGAUUUGGAUAACAAUGCAUCAAGACAUGUAGCUGCCAAACCUAGAAUGCUGAAGGAAAUUGAUAAAAGCAGUGAUAGACAAUUAGAAGAAACAGUUAAUACUCAUCCUUCAUUUUCCAAAGUCAAAACUCAGCUUUCAAAUUUGGAUUUUUCUGGUUCACUUAGAGAAACAGAGCAAGACAGCAAAUUAAAUGAGUCUGAGCAAUUGCUGGAAAUGCUCAUUUCACCUUCAUGCCACACUAGCAAUUUUUGUACACAGCCGAACACCUACAAGCACAGCAAUGCCCACCUGCCUGACCAGUUGUUACCUGAGCUCCAACCACUUCAAGCACCUGAGCAGGGAGGUGUCAGCAACAUUAAUGAUGGUCCUGGGGAGGUCAAAAGAGAGCUAUCUUUGGAGAGUUCAGAUCUUUUCAGAGUUCAGAAUGGGAAUAUGGAAACGCUUCCAAGGGAGACUGUGGUUAAAGAGGUUAAGCCCCAAGAAUUGCCUUUUCUUCAUGUAGUGAGCAAAGAUGGCAGCACUGCUCUGCAGUGGCCCACGGAACUACUUUUGUUUACAAAAACUGAGCCCUGCAUUUCAUAUGGCUGUAAUCCAUUAUAUUUUGACUUCAGACUCUCUUUAAACCACAGAGAUGGUAAACAGCAUGAAACAAACAAAGCAAGCUGUAAAGAGCACUCUGUAAAUAAGAGUGCAGACGAAAAUGAAGCCUCAGGUUUAAUAAAACACAAGCAAAUGUCGAAUGAACAAGAUAAUCAGUUGUUGAAACCAAAGAAGAUGAAAGGUUCCCUAAACCCAAGAAAGGCCAAGCAAAAAGCUGAGUCAGACAUAGGGAAAGAAAUGAAUGAAAAUGGUCAAAAAUAUGUUUCACAUUAUUUGAAUGAAAAUAUACCCAAAGUGCCUGCUUACCUUGAUGUCUCACAAAAGGACUAUUCAAGAGAAAAAAGUCUUCAUGCAACAACACUGAGAAGAUCUUUAAAGCAUCGUUUUCAUAGCUGUGAAAGAAAGAAACACAGCAUUAGAAAUGAAAGCAUUUCCUUUUCUGCUUUUAUGUCUAGGAUUAAAAAAUCUAAAACUGCAAAAUAUCAUUUGAUUUAUUCUGAAGAAAAACAUGAAAACCAAAAUGAUCGCAGAUCCGUUCAAGACUUGGCCAGCUGUGGUGGUGACAUAAGUGACAGUGGAAAAGAUUCUGGUGGAAGUUUCGUCAGUUUUAAAUCCUGUUGGAACAGCAGAUAUUCAGAAAAUGAAGGAUGUGGAAGUCAUAUGAGAUGUUGGAGAUUCUCCUCUCCCCAGAAGUCCUCCUCUGACAGACAUUCGAGCUAUUCUGACACUUCGAUUAAUAGUGCAAGUAGCUACAUAAGCAGUUCCUCUAGUUCCACAUCCAGCAACCACAGUAGAAAUCAUUUGCUGUUUUGUUGCAAAAGAAAUAGCAAGACAGCUGAAAGGCACAAAUGUAAGCACAGAAAGCACAACUGCAUUUUCACUUCUGGCGAUGCAGAUGAGGAUUACCUUUGUCAUACUAGAAGUCAAAAAACUGGAAACUGUUCAAAGAAGGGCACAAUUAAAUAUCAAUGCUGUUCAAGACAUAAAGUUUUACACCACAGAGACAGAUCUAAACACAGCAGACAUAGACACCGUCAUUUUGGCAAAGUGCAUAGCAGAAGUAGAAGCUACAAUAUUUCCAAAAGUUCUUCCACCAGAGAUUCACGAAGCAGCGAAAGAUCAUCUAGUUACAGAAUAUUGAGAGGCAGCAGUUCAGGAUCCUUCUCAAAAGACAACUGUGAGAAUAACGAAAAGGAGGAUGCAGAAGGAGAUUCUAAUACUGAACCAGGAAAAGAUGAAACUACACAUUAUGACUCUCUGAAUGUAAAUUGUCAGUCAAAAAACUUUGAUACCUGCCCCUUUGAAGUCCUAGCAAAGAACACAGAGGGGAAAAGAAAGUCACUGUCAGCCAAGCUGCUUUUAGAAAGAGUGCAUUGCAAGAAAACCCAGGAACAAAUGCACAGUUCAGAGAGAUUUUCAAACAAUUGUGGGGUAGAAUUAAAGGAUCACUCACAAAGUCACUUUGCACUUCAGUUUUCAUCAUCAGUAGAUGACAUAGCAAUGCUACCUUUGCCAGAGAAACUCCUAAGCAUAGGUAAAAAUGAUUUAGGGCAUAAUGAAAUCAGUUCAGUAGAAAACUGUGCAAACAGAAACAACUUUGAAGCUUCAGAGGUAACUAAUGUUGGUUUUUCAACAGGCACUGAUUAUGAUCAUUGUCUUUUUAAAGACAUCGUUCAAAUAGGAACAGGCUAUCAGAGCCCAAGCAUGAAAAGGAACACAGCAAUAAAGGAACAAUCCAAUUUCUUAAUUAGUGAAGUACAACCCUUUAUACAAAGCUGUGACCCAGUACCAAAUGAUUUCCCUGGUGCUUUUCCCUCUAAUAGAUAUUCUGUUGUUGCUAAUUCAACAGAGACCAAAGAAGAACUACAUGAUGUAAACAUGGACUUGAACCGGGCGGACGGCAGUUCAGACUCUCUUUGUGACAAUGCUAUGCAGAAGUACGAUGAAACAGUAAAAGACCUAGAAGUGUACAAUAAAGCCACCUCCCCACCUUUAACACAGCAGCCUGUAACAUUUUCACCAGAGGAAAUAGAUAAAUAUAGGUUGCUCCAGCUGCAAGCUCAGCAGCAUAUGCAGAAACAACUUCUGGCAAAACACCUUAAAGUUUUGCCUGCCCCAGGUCCAGCUGCCUUCUCUGCAACACCAGCAGUUCCCACUGUCCCCGUUCAGCAGCACGCUACUGUCACCACCAUUCACCAUACGCUGCUGCAACGCUUUGCUGUCUCAGCCCCGGUACAUCCCUAUCCCAGCCCUCUCUCCGUCGCACACCUCCAUCCCCUCUCUCAUGCACAUUUCUCCCCCAUAUCACUUUCCCCUUUAGCACCAGCCUUCAUUCCCACCCACCCCGCUCUGCUGACAGGACACCCAUUACACGUGGUCUCCACCACCCCCAUUCACCCUUCCCCACUAAACUUCCCAGCAUUGCCACAUGCUGCAUAUAUCCCAGCCUUAUUUGCACCACACCUGACUGCAGCCACAUCUGCUAUACAUCCAAAUCCCUUAAUUCAUCCCUUAUUCCAAGUGCAAGAUUCCCAUCACCAUUCUUGCUCUAGCCAGACCCAACAGUUACCCACAAUAAAAGAAGUUUUUGGUGUUUCUAGCUAUUUGAACUAGUCCACAUGAUUAUAUCAUGGCUCCAAAAAGAACUUUGAAGAAAAAUUGUUAUUCAGUAUUCAAUCACAUAUCUGAGGGAAAAUCUACCGUUUUGUUGAGAGCACAUCAGCAAAUACUUUAAAGUCCAGGUUCUGGCUGCCAGCAUAUGGAUGUUGAUUUGGUUCUCAUAUUGUGAGUAAAAGCAAUUUAAAAGCUUUUCUUGUUAUUUUCCCAAGAAGUACAGGUUCCAGCUAAUGUCAGUCUUCAGAAGGUUUAGAAGAAACAGUCUGAAAUGAAAUCCAUGGCUGUCAUCAGGAGCAGGACCACAGCAUCCAAGCACAAUAGGGUCAAGAAUGUCAGAAGUGACUAGUAAUUUAAAGUAGUGCAAUUUAAAGUAGUGAAAGCUUGACACACCUCAAACGCUUGUUUUUCUGAGUGUGUGCAACAGCAUAAUACUUGGUCUGUUUAAGGUAUUUUGGAUCAAGCAAAAAAGAAAGACCACAAGUCCCUGGUUCAAUCUCCUGGCCAAAAUACAUUGGAGAGCCUGUUACUGAUGGGUAAGGAGUUACACUGGAAGAAGAAGGUGACAACAACAUCUCAGAUACUAUAGUGAUCUUAUAGCUGCUAUACAUUGCUUACACAGUGUAAAGGGACUGUAGUCUGGCCAAGAGCACAUAACAAAAAAAUUCUCUUAGUGUAAGGAGGUUUUUUGCUGGCACAAGCAGACUGCUACUUUUCUCUCCCGCACAGGUGUAAAAGAUGGUAGGGUAAGGAAGGAGAUGAAGCAAGUUCUUUGUCAUUCCGUGUCUGGGACUGUGGCAUCGGGGUAUGUCAGGGCUGGGGUUCAGAUGCCCAGAAUUGCAACAAAGCUGGUGCUGGGCUUGAACCUCAGAUCGCCCUGGCCAGCACUCCAAUCCUUCCUUCUUGCCAAAAAGAUAUAUGUGGGAGAAUCUUGCCCAAAGAAUGUGUAAAUAUGUUUAGCCCCCUUCACAAACAAUAUUAAUGGAAAAUUCUGACCGGACUGAGUUCGUCUACUCAGGCUCCUAGUGAGGGAAAGGUUAAAAUUUAGUAUUUCCAAUAGCCAUGUGGUUAUUUUGACGAAAUGGAGCUCUGUAGGGGGCUUUGAUUAGGGAAAUUCCCAUUUAAGGAUAGGGCCACAAACUUGGCUGGCCUGAUAAAAUCCUGCUGAAACUCAAAAAUGUGGAAGUACUCCAAGCAGAAUGUGGCCUACAGGUCAAUUUUCAUAGACAACCUCAGGACAAUUCUCAGCAUUUCCAGGUAUAUUGAAUCUAAACAAACAUGCGAAGUUUCUAACAUGAUUUCCCAGACUUCCAAGAUUCAAAUUGAAGUCCUGAAUCUGCAGUGUACAAAUGCAUGCAUCUAACCUUCAGCAUAAUGAGUUGUUGUUUUUGUUGAAAUCCCUGGGAAUAACCUUUAUAUGGAAAUAGGUGAGGGCAUCAACACUUCUUUGAAUGGCACUUUCUGACUUUUUUAUAAUGUUUCUACUCAGCACUGGAUAUUUACUAUGAAAUGAAGUUCCUAACUGUGGUUAGACUGCAGACGUCCCCGUACGUGAAGGACAGUGAAGUAUCUGACAGAUGAUAGCUGUUUGUUUGGAUUAGAAUUGGAUUAGAAACAUAUUUGAAAUAAUUUCAAUUCAUUUGCAGUAGUUUAGUGCACAGUUAAUAAUUCCAAAUUGAAAAAAAAAUUUUGGAGGAAUUUUAUUUCAUGACAUUGGGCUAGCUAAGGAAACUGAGAAAUCUAAUAGCCAUUAGGGUAAGGUUGAAUAUCUAAAAUACUACUUAGGACCGAUUUUCUAACUUAGCUUGACUUUUAGUCAAGCUAGGUUGAUAGGGUGCUGAAGUAUUUUAAUUUCUAAAAGAAGCUGCUUCAGCAUGAACUGAUUUUAAGCCAAAAUUUUCAAGAGUGUUUACUAAUUGUGACUGCUUAUUUUGCAGUUGAUUUGCAAAGUUAAAGUUUCUCUGGUAAUUAACAUUUUAGCCAUCAAAUAUAAACAUGUGGGAAAAAUUUUUGGAACUGAACAGAAAUAAACCCUUAGGAAUGAACAAAAGGUUGGUGAAAACACCACCUUCAAAUUUACUUCGAUUGCAUUCACAGCUGAUUCAUUUAUUCCUUAAAAAAAAUGAGUCUUGUCAUUUUGGAGUUACUUAUGCCUGCUGUUUAAUUUUGCUUCUUUCAAUUACAGGGAAAAUUUUAUUCAAAUUAUUGCUUCAGAAUUGAGGAAGUCAGAAAGUUUUGGGGGGAAAGAUAUUAAGACUAAAGAAUCCCAUAUUUUAAAAAUUCUCUCUUUCAUUUUUGGCUGAAAAUGUUUCCUAAAUUAGAUCUAAAUUUACACAUUAUUUCUGUCCUAUAGAAACUUUAUUUUCUAUGAAUCGAUCACAUUUCACCGCAUGCUACUUAUCACCUCUGAAAACUGGUACCUGCUUGUUCAGAGUGAGUGCCCUGACUCAGUGGAUCACUUGAAAAAAUUAGGUUUCUGUACAUAAAAGGUCUGAAUUGAGCAUUUUACAGGAACAGGUCAACUUGUGCUCUGGAAGAGGCUGACAGAGCUGCACAGCCACAGCCCUCACUUUAGGACUGUUACGAGCCUUGAAGACACAUGCCCUGCCUGACAAAUUUUUAAUUUUAUGGGGCCAAUUUUGUUCCCAUUCAAGAUAAACCAAGUGUUCUCAUUGUCUUUAAUGGAUCUUUUGAAACCUAAGUAACGUUAAGAGAAAAAGUGGAAGGGAAGAAAUGACAGGCUAUUCUUGUACUUAAAUGUGUACAUACACAUUUUGCAUCCCUGCUUCUUACAGGCAUCAAAAAUAGUGCAAAAAUUCCUAUGGCAAAAAAUCUAUGGCAAGAAACCCAACCAACUGAAACUUAAUGGCAUCCUAUUAAGUAGAUCAUUUUUGGAAACUUAUUCCAUUAAUUAUAUAACUUUCCUUUAAUGUAUGCACAAGAAAAUGGGAUUCUAGAAAGGAACCAGGAAAUCCAUGUGUAGUUUUUUAUACCAACAGAAAUGAUCUGGUAAGGCAAAUGUAUAGACAAUAAAAAUUUAAUUUAAUUACAUGGAACAAUGAAAAUUAGGAUCUUGAUAGGUACUGACGGAAAAAAGAGAGAUUAAGAAGGGAUAGAAACAGCACAAUAGCCAAACAGUUGUCAUAGACUGGACAAAGAGAAUGUCCGGUAUAGCUGUUAGUACACAGAAGGGAUUUUCUUGGAGUUAAGUUGGUGUUAAAAUUAUCAGCACAGCUGAGAUGAUGUAUUUGCUCUACUUGCUGCUGUAAUUAUUUUUCAUCAGUAAUUUAUUCUAAAUAUGUAACAUUAUUGUUAUUAAAAGCAUACUUGAGCCUGAUGUAUGGAGCCAUGCUACAAUUCUGAUUUUCUUUAAACUAAUUUUUGAAAGAGUUACACUUUCCUGGUGGCAGAGAUGUAUACACUCUAAGCUAAUAAUGUGGUUUAGCUUGAUUGUACAUUCUUGAUGCAUAAUCCAAGGAAAUAGAUCACCCACAUGGUAAAAUUCCAAUAACAAAAGUUUCUUGAGUUCCACAAUGAUGAAACUUCAAUUUUUUUUGGUAACUGAGGCACUUCUGGAAAACAUUUAACAUGUAUAUUUGUUGUGCAAAUUUGCAUAAAAAUGCAAUUUGACCAGAUUGAUUUUAAAAGUGUUAAGUUUAUAUUUAAAACUGAAUAAUACUCUGGCUAGUAUAAUAUGUAAACUAGUAAUUUUGUUUUGUAUCCUCUGUAUAAAGUGUUUUAUAUUAUACAGUAGCUAAGUGAAUUGCACUAUUGUACAUGCAAUGCGGCUUUUUUUUUAGGUUAUUCAAGGAAUUCCUGGGAAUGUAGUUUAUUGCAAUAAUAUUUUUUUUCAAUAAAAAGGCUUACUGGUAUAAAGAGUGUCAGUCAUGUAUUUUUAAUGUAAAGCAUACCAAAAGGCAGCAACAUAGUAAAAUGCAGAAUGAUGAAAACAUAUUCUGUAUUUUAAUCUGCAAAAAUGAAAUGCAUUUAAUUCAUCCCUGUGGCUAUAAUCCUGAAAUUUCUUAGAAUGUUUCCUAAAGAUUUUAGUAUGUGUUACAAAAGUGGGUUGUUUAAAUGGAACUGAAAAUAAAUAUUCCUUAAAAAAUGA